AUGAUUCACAAAGCGAAAAAAUGGAUUUUGAGCGGCGCGACGGCGCCGCCGAGCAAAAGUGCCGCUCACCGGAUGCUCAUCGAGAAUGGAUUCAUUCUGCCGACCGGGAAAGGGUUCUAUAGUUUGCUACCCCUCGGCCAACGUGUAAUCGAUAAACUAUGUCGUAUUCUCGACACAGAAUUCCAGAAAGCGGGUGCAAUGAAGAUCGGAAUGCCAAUUGUGGGAACUAAAACGUUAUGGGAUAAAACGAAACGAUGGGAUGCGAUGGGAACGGAAAUGAUCAAAUUCGAGGAUCGACAGAAGGCUCCGCUGUGUCUUCAACCGACAGCCGAAGAAAUGUGCACUGAAUUGAUAGCCUCCCUGCCACCACUGAAAAAGAGUCAAUUUCCAGUGAUGAUCUAUCAAAUCGGUGACAAAUUCCGUGAUGAAAUGAAUCCGAGAUUCGGAUUGAUGAGAUCUCGACAGUUUCUGAUGAAGGAUAUGUAUACGUUCUCUACGGAUCAAGAAGCGUCACGAGAGACUUAUCGAAAGAUUUGUAGAGUUUAUGAGAAGAUAUUUGGACAGCAAUUGCAGUUGGGAGGGGAUUUGAUUAAGGUAGAAGCGGAUUCUGGUAUCCACGGCGGCCACAUCAGUCACGAAUAUCAUCUGCGAAGUAAUCUCGACGAGGAUUUUGUGAAUCUCUGUGACUCGUGUGGAACUUUUAACAAAUCAGAAGACCUCAAAAAAUGUCCGAAUUGUGACUCCGCCCACCAAAAAAGCCGAAAAUUGUCAUCCGUCGAAAUCGCCCAUACAUUUCAUUUGGGAACCAAAUAUUCGGAGACAAUUGGAGCCAAAUUUCAGGGAAAACCACUCGAUAUGUGUUGUUUUGGAAUUGGAGUAUCACGAUUACUGCCGGCGACUGUUGAUUUGUUAUCGAGUAGUGAGAAGGCGAUGAGACUCCCGAGAGCCAUUGCCCCGUUUGAUGCCGCUAUUAUUGUUAAGAAAAGUCUAAUGUCGAAUGUGAUUGUGGAAAUGACGAGUUCAUCGGCAUCUCGUUAUCUGAAAGGGGGAAUUCUACUGGACGAUCGAAUCGAAAUGUCGGCGGGACGACGGAUUCACGAAGCGAAUCGAUUGGGUAUUCCAUUCAUUAUCGUAUUGGCUAAUGUCACUGAGAGGAGUCUUGUCACACAGAAACCAGUGAUCGAAGUGUUCACAACUCAUCCGAAAAGCGAGGAGCCAUGUGAUCACGGUCCAAUGACUUUGGAUCGAUUCGUCUCAUUCGUCCAAUCAUCACUCUACGGUACUCCGAACGGUGGAAUCGACGGAAAUUUCGAUCAUUCUCUUGUUCUCGAUGAGCUAGGAUCUCAUUAA